AUGUCUAUUUUCUCCCGUCUUCUGCCAACGGCUAUCCAUUCGUACGCCCUUCAAGCGCUUUUUGCCCUCAUAUUCGUUCCUCAGCAAAAUGAAACCUACUAUGAUUUAGGAGGCGCCGUUGGUUGGGUUUCGACCACUUGCCUGUCCCUUUACUAUCCCUUUCUCAAAGCAAAGUAUUGGGAUGGCAUUCCUGGUCCCCUUCCAGCGCUUUCGACCUUUGCGCCGAGGCAGUUGCUGUUAACAGCGGCUGUUGGGAUCUGGAGCAUCCGACUGGGGAGUUAUUUGGCCAUGAGAGCCAUCAAGGCUGGUGGCGAUUCGCGAUUUGACAAAAUCAAAGAAAAACCGGUAACGUUCGCCCUUUACUGGUUUGCUCAAGCUACUUGGAUCAUGGCUGUCGGACUUCCUGUUUACCUUUGCAACGCGAUGCCGGCCAGGCUUCAUCCCGCCCUUGGCCUGGGUGACUAUACGACACUCGGCAUAUAUGCUGGCUCCUUUCUCUUCGAGGUCAUUGCCGAUAGACAAAAGGCGGCUUGGCGGCGCGCGAAGGAUGCUAAAGAGCACGACGAACAGUUCAUAACAUCUGGCUUGUGGAGUAUCAGCAGACACCCAAAUUAUGUUGGAGAGGUAGGCAUCUGGACGGGGAUUUGGGCGUUGUCAGCUGCAUCCCUUGAAAGGAGUUUCUUCCCCACUGGCACUGUCGCAUUGGCUGCCAUCAGUCCACUUUUCACAUGGUUUUUACUUCGCAAGGUCUCGGGAGUGCCGCCGCUUGAACGGGCGGGUGAUAAAAAGUUUGGAAGCGACCCGAAGUGGCAGGAAUACAAGCGAUCAGUUCCCGUUUUCUGGCCUUGGGGAUCUUUGAAUUGA